GAGUGUUUUUUUGGUUGACAACAACGCUGUACAAGAGCGAUUCUGAUUGGUUUAUUCGAACUGGCCGCUAUUCCUGCGACAGGAGUGUGCUGAAGUUACUCGUGAAUCAGUCCUCGAUCUUUCUUUUAUGCCACUGGUUUUUCACGUCUGAAGUUGUGGUUUUUUACCAAGAUGGACGAUUAUGUUAAAAUUGAAAAGGUUGGAGAAGGCACAUAUGGAGUGGUCUACAAAGGCCGCAACAAGAAGACCAGUCGUCUUGUGGCACUUAAAAAAAUACGCCUUGAGACAGAAGAAGAAGGGGUGCCAUCCACUGCAGUGAGAGAAAUCUCUCUUCUCAGGGAACUGCAACAUCCAAACAUUGUGUGUUUGGAGGAUGUACUUAUGCAAGAAAACAAGCUUUACCUGGUGUUUGAGUUUCUUUCCAUGGACCUCAAACGCUAUAUGGACACCAUUCCUGCAGGACAGGCAAUGGACAGGAUGCUUAUAAAGAGCUACAUGUACCAAAUUACCCAGGGGAUUCUCUUUUGCCACAUGCGAAGAGUUUUACAUCGUGAUCUCAAACCUCAGAAUCUGUUAAUCGACAACAAUGGAACCAUCAAAAUUGCAGACUUUGGUUUGGCUCGUGCUUUUGGUAUCCCUGUCAGGGUGUAUACUCAUGAGGUUGUGACUUUGUGGUAUAGGGCCCCUGAAAUUUUGCUGGGAUCUACAAGAUAUGCAACAGCUGUAGACAUCUGGAGCAUGGGGUGCAUGUUUGCUGAAAUGAUCAACAGACGACCUCUCUUUCAUGGGGAUUCUGAGAUUGAUCAGUUGUUCAGGAUAUUCAGGACUCUAGGCACCCCAACAGAAGAAACUUGGCCAGGAGUGAGCCAGCUUCCUGACUAUAAGGCAACAUUCCCCUGCUGGAAAGGCUCACAGCUCCACACGGCAGUCAAGGGCUUAGAUAACCAGGGCAUGGACCUGCUACAGAAAAUGCUGUUGUUUGAUACUGUGCAUCGCAUUUCGGCAAAGGUUAUUCUUCGUCAUCCCUACUUCAGCAACCUCGACAAAGUCAACCUGCCAGCUGCAAGGCAUUUUCCUUAAACUUCAACAUAUCAUGUAUUGCAAUCUCACAAAUCUUUGGCAGGGUGCUUGCUAUUAGUAUGUUUGCGUACCUGUAUGGAGAGGACAGGCCAUCGUUUCCUUGCAUGUGACAAUGAAGAAUGAUGGAUCAAAGUGAAUGAUUAGGAUGGGGGUACAGAUUAAAGAAUGGGUCAAAACAAAAAAAUUCUAUAUCUGCUGAAGUGUUAAGGACAUGGACCAAACCUUGGUCAGUCUAUUUAAAAUUUGUUGAUUUUAUUUUUCUUUUUGCUUUUGGCAGGGGAUGGGUGGGGUGAUGGCUUAAGUGGAAAGGGAGAAUUCUUCCAAGCAUGCUAGAAAGUAAUGAGAAAGCAAUGAAACACUUCUUUUGUAACUGUAUGAAAUGUUUGUGAGUCAGUACGUGCAUGGUUAGACUUGCCAAACAUUUGUGGUUUAAUUGUACACAUUCAGCAGGAUUCAACGGAUUGGCUUCGGUCCUCAAUCAUGGAGUUAGAUGAUUUGUGAGACAAGCUACUGGGACAUGUUGAGUGAUUAGAAAGGAUGGUUUACUACCCCCGCUCCCCCCUACUUCCACCAGUGUGUUCAUUUUGUAUUAAAAUACAUCUUAAUCUUUUUCUCCUUCUCUCCCUUUCCUUUUUAGCAUGUGAUAUCCGUUACAUUAACUUUGUACAUAAUUGUUAAAAAUGAUGAACUCAGUUUUGCAUGGCUGUAUGGAUGACAUGGCAAUUGUGGUCAUUGCAAAACUUCAACACAGUCUUGUCAAAUAUUGCAGAAACAAUACACCACAUUGUUUACGCAAGGUGAAAUUCACAUUGCAGUUUGAUCAUUCGUGUACCAUAUCUAGGCUGAUGUAUUCCAUAGUUUGCAAUCAUGAAAUUAUCUCUUCCCCACAAACGUGCAGCAUAUUGUCAUUUACUAUCUUUUCUUUGUCGUUUAAAGGACCUGAUUAUGUGGGUUUAAGGUUUGCAAGCGAUGGUUUAGCUGCACCCCACACUGUGUGUGCUCAGCUACCCUUUAUUAAAGCUCAAGUCUAGUU